AUGGCCGGUUUGAUCGUCUCCGCCACGGCCGUCUCCUCUCCUGCUACGGGUAUGGAGGAUGUCGGCUACGGCAUCAGGCCCUCCCACAUAGAUUCGCUUGUGGCGUCUGCACGGGACUGUUAUCAACUUAGACUUCGGCGGCGCCCGUAUGGCGGCGGCCGUUUCGGCGCCGUCCCGGCCUCGGAAGCGGAGAUCGCGCGGCUGCCCAAGGCGACGGCGGGCGAGGUGAGGGAGAAGGACUGCGCGGUGUGCCUCGAGAGCUUCCAGGAGGGCGAGGAGAUGAGGAAGAUGACCUGCCCCGGCUCCCACUGCUUCCACGAGAGCUGCAUCCUCAAGUGGCUCAGGGUCAGCCGCCUCUGCCCGAUGUGCCGCUUCGCGCUGCCGCCCGAGCAUGAGGGUCACUUGGACUAG